CAAGUACAUUGAACAGCAGCAGCUGGCUGUGUGAGAGCGUUAAAUAUAUAACGAUAACUGGUGUCUGGCAUUGCAUUGGAGCCGGAAACGGAAGCGGAACCGAAAGAGAUAGAGAUAGAGAUAGAGAAAGCGAAAGCGAAAGAGCAGCAACUAGUUGGCUGGCUGUCAGUGCGAACUGCAGGCAACAAAACACGGCAACAACGGCGGCCAGAAUUUUUUCACGUUUGGAUAGUGUCGAGGAGGUGCAACGCAGUCGCAGUGGCAGCGCUGGUGGAAUAACACCCGGCGGUGGUGCAGUGGCAGCCUCAGCGGUGGCAGCGGGUUCUCCAGCCAGAGCUGGCCAGCAAGUGGUUCAGCAGCAGGCUCAAGGCGGCGGCGGUGUGGGUGUGCCUGUGUACGGUGGUGUGGGCGUGGGCGCAGGCGUAGGCGUUGGACUGGGGCCGGGAACAGGACUGGGACUGGGUGUGGGUGUGGGAGUGGGCAAUGCGGGUGGAGCACGUAAUCGCAGCGCCAGCACAAUACUCGAGCUAAGUCACAGCAAUCCCAACGUUCACACGCGCAAGUUCUCCAGCGUCAGCGGCGUCGUUCCCGGACUUGUCGCUGGCGAUGUGAAUGGCUACGGCGACAACACGACAACUGCAAAAUGCGAUACGUAUAACGGUGUCGGAGUCGGUGCUGGUGUCGGAGUCGGUGUUGGUGUUGGUGUUGGCGUGUCUGGCAGAAACGUGCCGCAGGAUCGAAGCUCAGGAGCGAUUAAUGCACCGGUUACAACGGCCAACAGCCUGGGAGUUUCAUUGCGCGAACGUUUGUCCAUUAGUGCGGCAUCUGGUGUGGCAGCUGGCGAGCAGUUGGCGGCAAGUGGUGCAGCUGCUGGUGGUGCAGGUGGUUCGGCGCCAACGAUAGGCGCUGGCAGCGUGCCGCAUUGCAAGCGUCAGGGCAGCUUCUCGAAUGUAUUCUCAAAGCUAAUCGAUGGUAUGCCCGCUGGCACAAUGUUCGCCAAGUUCAAAAGCGCCAAUGUGGCGGCCUCCACAUCCAUGCAGAAUGUCGCCGAUGGCAAUCCCAUUACGCAGUACUUUGAGAUUGGCAAACCGGUCGCCUGUGCCGGGCCAGAGCUCAUCUGGCGCAUACACGAUGGCUAUCGCAAGAGUGACAACAAGGAAUGCUCCGUGUUUAUAUUCGAGAAAAAAGUGGCUGAGAAGCUGCACAAGCCGCGUCGCAAGGAAACCAUUACGGAACUGUUAAAGAGCUCAGUGAAGACAUUGGAACGCUUUCGUCAUCCACGGAUACUACAAAUCUAUCACACGGUCGAGGAGAGUGCGGAAACUUUGGCCUUUGCCGCCGAGCCCAUUUUUGCCAGUCUGUCGAAUGUGCUGGCUUUUCAUGAGUCGAAAACGUAUGAGAAUGCCAAUGUGGCACCUGCAACGGGCGGGGGCACGCCACAAACGCAACCCGCACCGGGAACACAGCCUCAACGGCCGGCGCAUGCAAAGGAAUACAACUUUUUGGACAUGGAGCUAAAAUAUGGAUUCUUACAGCUAACUGAGGCAUUGUCCUAUUUGCACUAUUCCGGUCACGUAAUUCAUCGAAAUGUGUGUCCAUCCUCUAUACUAAUAACUAAGCGAGGUAUUUGGAAGCUCGCCGGCAUGGAGUAUGUGGAAAGAAUGAAUGAGACUGAUUUGAAUAGCUCAAUUCCGUGUCCACCAUGGAGCAACAGGGUAUCAAAAAUGGCACAGCCCAAUCUGGAUUUUAUGGCACCCGAAACGCAAUCGAGCUCCAAGUGCAGCCUGCUCAGCGAUAUGUUCUCAUUGGGCAUGGUCAUCUGUGCGGUGUACAACAAUGGACGUCCACUUAUACAGGCCGGCAAUUCCACAUCCAACUAUGCCAAACAAGUGGAAACGCUGGAUGACCAUAUCCACAAGUUGAUGCCACGUCUACCAAUUGCCCUGCAAGAGGCAACAUCCCGCAUGGCAAGUCGAGAUGCGACAGCUCGACCCACAGCACAAUUGCUGCAGUUGAUCAAGUACUUUAUUGAUCCGGCUAUAAAUGCGUUGAAAUUCCUGGACGUGGUCAACAUGAAGGACACGCAGCAGAAGUCGCAAUUCUAUAAGACCACCUUGAUAGAGGCCAUGCCGCUGAUACCUCGCAAACUUUGGUGGCAAAACCUUUGGCCCAUGCUCAAAUCUGAGAUCAACAAUGGCGAGGUGCUGGCCGCGGUUCUACAGCCCGUCAUGCUAUUCGUGCAGGAGGCCACGCACUCGGAAUACGAUGCUCUCAUGUCGGCCACAAUGAAAAUCGUCUAUAAUACACCGAAAUCUAUACAGGCGAGCGUUACGAUACUUGAGAACUUGCAUUUGAUUAUAGAGAAAACGAAACCCGAGGAUGUCACCACAGAUAUAAUGCCAAUGCUAUUCUUCUCAUUUGACGGCUCCACAAUACAAGUGCAGAGCGCCGCUGUUGUGGCUGUGGCGAAUGUGUUUGAUAGCAUCGAUGAGUUGUCCAUACGCCGCAUGGUCCUGCCAAAGGUCAAACUGGUGUUUGAGAAGAACAUAACGGAUCCGAAGAUAGUGCAGAAUGUGUUAAUGUGCAUUGAGCGUGUCAUGGACCGUAUGGAGCGUGCACAGGUUAUGGAGGAGGUGCUGCCAUUGCUGGCAAAUGUGCGGAUACCAGAUCCAGAUAUUAUCAUGCGUACUGUGCGCAUCUACCACAAACUGUUUGCGGAUAAAUCCUAUGGCUUAACUGUGGAAACGAUGGCCACCAAUGUCCUGCCCCUGCUCAUACCGCACACCGUCAAUCCAGCGCUCAAUUUCGAGCAAUACUGCUAUCUGCUCGAGGUGUUGCAACAGAUGCUGGAGGCAAUUGAUCGGCAGCAGCGCAACAAAUUGAAGCUGGACAAUCUGUCGAUGGCAUCGCCGGAACGUCAUCGUACGCUGCGACAUCAGUUCUCCACGGAUAACAUGAAUGCGCCGCCAUUCAAUAUACCCAAUUUACGCAUUGAUCAGCGGAAAACAUCCAGUGCCGAGGACAUGGCACGCAAGAAUUCAGGCGGCUCUGGCAUGCUGGGUGGCUGGUGGUUCGGCUGUUCGCCAUCCUCGCCGGAUAGCAAUUUCCUGCGCGUUGGCAAUGUGUUUCCCAAUCGACGGCUCUCGGACAACACGCUGAUGACACCAAAGAUACGCAUCGCACCAUCGUGCGCCUCAUCCCCGGGCGGUACACCGGGCAGCGGCCUUCCCACCCGUCGACACUCGAGCAUUGGACCCCAGGAGCGACGUGGCUCCACCAUCAAUUUGUCACCGCCAACUUACGGCGCUCGCGGUAGCUCCGGAUCGAGUCUAUCGGUGCCCUCCACCUCAGCCUAUGUUAAAUCUCCUUUAUUGUACUCCCAAAAACAGGGUGGCUCCAUGCCCAACACAUCAAGCAGUGUACCAUUUCUGUUAUCGUCCAGUAUGCAGUCGAUAAGGUCACGACGUACAUCGACGGUGUUGUCAUCGGGUCCACUCGGCUCCGGUUCGGGAAUAUUGCAACAGUUGGGAUCCGGCAUGUAUCAACUAUUCUCCGGACGUAAUUAAAACAAAAAUUUCGAAA